GUAAAUUCAUUUUUUCCCAAUUCAUUUAAUGGGGACCUGCGACAAACAUUGAAUAUUGGUUGAGCGAUAAUAGCUAUACCAAAAACAUAAACUAAUUCGCCCCAGAGCCGUGUAGGUAAUGAAAUCCGAUUUAAGGAGAUUUAACUUUUUGUUCGCAAUCCUUGAAUUUCGUCUCGAUUGAGUCUUCUCGUGGUCUCCGUAGCGACGUUCAUAUCAUGUGACCACCUUAAUCUCCGUGUUUUGUGCAAUAUGGCUAUCAGUAUUUAGAGACCCUAUGGAUCCGUUAUUGUAGAAGAUACCGUAUUAUUUUAGAGUAAUUUAUGGAUUCAUUAAAGAUACGUUAGAUAGUAGUUAGAAUAUAAAAAGAAAGUCCAAGAUGGCAGCUACGACGACGUUGCCAAAGAUUACCCGUACCCCCCUCGCCACCCCCGUCCCUCCCACAAUUCAGCGCUCCAAUACUAUGUACGGAGCCUACCCUCCGCGGGAACUCUCGAGCUCCAUGAGCCUGGUCCGUAUUCCUCCCAGGGUCAAUCCUCUGGCCCCACCCCCGCCCCGAAAAAGAAUCCAGGAUCACUGGGAGACUGUAGAGCAACACUGGCACAACGACCAGAGGCGGAUCUUAAUGCAACAGCGGGAACACCAGCGGUACCACUCGGCCUGGGCCAAGGCUUUCUACGGAGCACCUGCCGAGAAAGAGCAAUACAGAAAACACUUUCGUGACGUUCUGAAACAACAAAUGGCGGAUCAAGACCUUGGUAAGAGCCUCGCUUUCAAAGAAAAAUGUAUGGAAAGCACGCAGUCCAUUGCCUACGACAACGACUGUCGACAGAAAGACUUGGAUGCCUUCAUCAAAAAACACAACUACUUACAAAACUUCAGGGAUGGAAACAAGGACAUGAUGGAGAAAAAAUGGCAAGAGUCACGAACCAACCGAUUUUUGGAGCAGAGAAUUGACCGAGAACGACUCCGAUAUAACCCUAUCAACUGGUCCUGUAGUCUCAAAUGAUUCUGUACUAGAAUGCUCACAGUUUUAAUUCAUGUUUACCAAGAGGGCAUUAUUUACAAAAUAAUGCACCGUCGGAGUUUUAGAAUUGUAUUACAUUACCAAGAGUGUCUGUUAUCUACAGAUAUCUUUCUAUAAAUUACAUCACCGUUUUCAUCACUCGGUUUCUUUGACUGUUUUUUUUAAAGAAAAAGAUUUUGAAAUCUAAAAAAAAAAAAAAUAAUUCACAACACAAAUUUAUUACCAAAUUUCUAAGCAUAAUAUGCCUAUGACAGUGGACUCUAUUUCAGUAAUUAUACUUCUUCAAAACUUUCACAACAUUUAUAUUCAUGCCUAUUUUUUAAUCUUUGCAUAUCUUACUGCUGAUAUUUUGUAUCAGGUGUUUUAAACCAUCAGUGUCCAAUGACUUCAAACACAGUCACUGACAUUGUGUGCUAGUGUGCGUGACUUUUUAGAUGUGAAUUCACCCUCUAAAUAUUUGCUCAAUCCAUGCCUUAUCUUAUAUCUUCAUACAUACAUUGCAAGACUAAAAAAAUCACUAUCAAGCUACUCCGACUCCUAAUAUUAUCUUCGGUUUUAUUUGAGUAUUUCGUGUGCUUCUGUUCAGAGUUGUCGGUCCUGAAAGAGAAGAGCGGCUACUCUGGAUAGAUUACAUUUAGGUGUGUUCAAAACACAGAAAUUUUUGACCAUGUGAUAUAUUACUGUGAUGAACAAAAGUAUUUAUCGUAUGUUACUGCAUAUCAUAAUCAUCUACAUAUUGUUAUCAGUAUUAUAACAUGAAAUAUAUUUUAUUUUUUGUUUUAUUGUUGUAAUAUUUUUAAUUAAAGUGCAGAAUAUC